AUGGACCCAAAAGAAGAGCAACCAUCCCUUCCUCACCCUCCUGAUAAUCCCAGACCUGAAGAUGAAGGAGCAACGCCACCGCAGGGCCAAGAGGACGAUCUGCCCCCCAUGAGUGAAUGUCCCCCUGGAGCGGAGGGCAUGACAGCGACCACAACACAUCGUGGUACAAAGGAGUUAUUGAUCCAGCACAGUUUACUAAGGCGGGAUGGCUGUGGCUCAAACCCUCCCAAAGUAAAAAAUACCUUCCAGACCCCGGCUGACCUGCUCAGUAUCAUACAGAGGGACAGACGCAAACCGACCACCCAGAUCCUGCAGGAGACAGACUUUCCCUCAAGAGCUUACUCACCGAAAGUACAGAUGCCCUACAAAUGCCCGCGUGGACAGUGGCCCCGCAAGAUUGAGCUGGAGAAGUUGAGACGAGAGUAUCUAAAGUUAGACAUUGCCCAGCUUCUGGCUGAUCUAGGCAUUGACUCCAGUCAGCUGGUACCCAGAACCCUGAGCAGCGAGGAUCGACCAGAGAUCUCCUUUCAGUCUAUCUCCGAGGUGGUCAGCUCACCUGGAGCCUUCUACCUGUCCCUGGAGAUAUUUGAUAACGAGGAUUUUGAUUGCCGCACGCCCAAGGACUGGCUAGCUCUGGGGUGUGAGCAGGGCUCGAGUGACCAAAAACCCGUCCCUGCCAAAGCCUUUCUGCCGACACACGAUGCCACGUCUGCUGAGGAGCAGAACACUAGCACUACAGAGUAUACAUGGCAGUCUGUCGGGGUUCUGGAUUACUGCCCGGAGAAAAAGCAGUAUGUGGUGCAAAAAGCAGAUGAGAAUGGUUGUGUGAGAGACAGCGAGGGCAAACCUGUUUUAGGUGGAGCACAAAGACGUAAGGAACCUUUGGAAUCAAAUCAGUACUGGGUUCCACGGAUCCGGCUGCAGUUCUGCGCAGAGGACCCACAUAUCUUUGCUCAGAGGGUCCAAUUCGCCUGCCAAGCCAGGCGCAAAGCUGAGGCUCUGCUGCUCUACAAUCUCUCUAUAGACUGCAUGCCCAUGUGGAGCGGGGGCCCUGCGGUGCAGCCUACCAGCCUCCAGCGCAUCAAAACCCUCGCCCUCAGCAAUCCAGGGUUCCAAGAAUCACUUGUUCAGCAGUGCAUGGAACAUCUAGAGAAAGAGGUUCAGCUGGAGUAUGCCCGCACCAUGAACCGUUUGAGUCUUCAUAAGAUUGUGCAGGACGAUCCCAAAAAGUUCCCCCACAUCACACUGCCUGAGAAAGAACCUGAGAGAGUUCCCAACAAAGGUUGUGUGUCUGUACCGGACUACCCGUUUGAGAAGAGCCGUGCCAGAUUCAUUUUCCUCACCCAGCUCACGAAGCCAGAAGUGAUUUCUGCUUUGUCUACUGUUAAAGCUGAGUGUAACAGGGUGGCAGAUAUGACUCUCUUCCAGGUCACCUUUACCAAGGCUGUACGCCUGGAAGAGUUUGAACUUGCGCAGUCACAGAUACACACACAGGUGCAGCUUUUCCUGAGUGAGACCUGGGUCACCAAUCUGUGUAGCGGGAUCCGCUCCAGCCUGAGAAAUGUCGGGCCUGGCUGGUACAGUCUAAGCGAGUCGUCGUGGCAGGUGUACUGCAUGUCCAAGCUGUGUCGCUUGAUGAGACAGAUAUGCUACAGACUCCAGGACACCCUGCGAUCCUUGGUGCAGAAUUCGCUCUCCUGCCUGGCUCAGCUGGUCUUAGAUUCCUGCCAGAGUGUGCUGCAGUGUUCCCCAGACAUCGCCUGGGGAACUGACCUCAUAAACAGUCCCUUUAAACCAAAGAAGAUCCCGCUGUUUCAUGUGGACCUGGUCCUGGACCAGAGCGGGGUUCAUUACAGCACCCCAAUAGAGAACUUUGAGACGUCCAUGAGGAACCUAUUAGAGAAAGGCAUCCUCUGCACUCAUAAUGUCCCUCAGCUGGAAAAGUUUAUCAUGAAGAACCUGUUUAUCACUGGGGUUCCACUGUUGGAAGCAGUGGGACUGUAUGAGCUAGAAGUGAUGGAGGUGAAAGACAGAGUGGGAACCGCCCUGCUCCAGGCCACCGUCCCUCUCCAAGCCUAUGCAUGUGAAUACGAAUGCUACCUCGAGCUUCACAACUCUGACAUCGAGACCCUUUUAAAGCUUUACAGUAAGGAGAACAGCACUCCUCUGGAGCUUAAGGAAGAGGUGUUGAGACAUCUAAAGAAGAAAGAAAUUUUGGAAGAGUCCCUCCCCUCAGUCAUCGUGAUCGGGGCUUUUUUGGUGAACGUGGACUAUGUGAAGCAGAACCUGUCUAAGAAAUGUCACGUGCUAGCCAAAGCCGUGAUGGACCGGCUUGCUCUCAGGCUCCGCGAGCAAAUGGAGGAGGCAUGUGAGGAGUUCAGGGUGAUCAACAGGAAGCUGGAUGAGCAGCCCAACAGCAUUGAAGAGCUGGCGGACCAGAGGGAGUGGAUGAAACAGAUCCCAGAGCAGUUAAAGCUCCAUGAAGACUUUUUGUCCAAAGCCAUGGCUGACUACGAGCUACUAGACGAUUUCCACUACAACCUCACCAAUGAAGAUUUUAGCGGAAAAUGGACCGCAAUGGCCUGGCCUCAAAAGAUCCUCAAUCAGAUUGAAAGUGUGUGCUUACAGCACAUAGAAGAUGAAGACCGCUUUCAGAAGAUCCAGAUGGUUGACCAGAAGAAUUUCUAUGAGCUUCUGGAAUCCCUGGAGAUGGUGGUUGCAGGCUUUUCUAACUACACAGACAUCAAUCGUGCGCACGAAGUGGCAAACGAAGUGCGUCGGGUUGCAAAGCAGCUGAAGGAGUGUCAGAGUCUGGCGGUGGUUUACAACAACCGUGAGCGCCUCUUCGGCCUCCCUGUCACUAAUUAUGACAGGGUGCAAAAGUAUAAUCGAGACUUUCAGCCUUUUCGAGACCUAUGGCUGACCACGUCCGAUUGGCAGCGUUGGAAUGACAGUUGGAUGAACGACCCGCUGUCCUCUAUCGACGCAGAACAGCUGGAGCGCAAUGUUAGCGACGCCUUUAAGACCAUGCAUAAGUGUGUCAAACAGUUCAAAGACAUACCGGCCUGUCAGGAAGUAGCUUCUUACAUACGUGGCAUGAUAGAGAAGUUCCAGCCGCAAAUCCCCUUGAUUCAGGGCCUGAGGAACCCGGGGAUGCGCAGCCGCCACUGGACCCUGUUGUCCGAACGCCUCAACGUUGACGUGCUGAACAAAUCCGACCUCACGCUCUCUGAGUGCCUGGAGCUUGGCCUGCCUCAGCACAUAGAUGAGAUUGCUUUGGUUGCAGAGGUGGCUGGCAAAGAGUACGCCAUUGAACAGGCUCUGGACAAGAUGCAAAAAGAGUGGUCCUCGAUCACGUUUGAGAUUUUGCCGUAUAAGGAGACAGGCACCUACAUCAUGAAGAGUCCCGACGAGGCGUCCCAGCUGCUGGACGACCACAUCGUGAUGACCCAGAGCAUGUCAUUUUCUCCCUACAAGAAGGUGUUUGAGGAAAGAAUCACCACUUGGGAGAGCAAGCUGAGGAUGACUCAGGAUGUCCUGGAGGAGUGGCUGAUGUGCCAGCGCUCCUGGCUUUACCUGGAGCCCAUCUUCAGCUCAGACGACAUCAACCGACAGCUGCCUGUUGAAGGAAAGAGAUACCAGACCAUGGAACGCACCUGGAGGAAAGUGAUGAGGGCGGCAUAUGAAAACAGACAGGUCAUUGACCUUUGCCCUGACAAGCGUCUCUUGACUAAUUUGAGAGAGUGCAACAAGCUUCUGGAGCAGGUGCAGAAAGGACUGAGUGACUAUUUGGAGACCAAACGGGGAGCCUUUCCCAGAUUCUACUUUCUGUCUGAUGAUGAGUUGCUCGAGAUCCUGUCUCAAACCAAAGACCCGACAGCAGUGCAGCCCCAUCUGCGCAAAUGCUUCGAGAAUAUCGCACGGCUCAAGUUCCAACCGGACCUGCAAAUUACACACAUGUACUCCGGAGAGGGAGAGGAAGUCCAGCUUUACCUCCCCGUGUCUCCUACUGGGAAUGUGGAGGACUGGCUGCGUGAUGUGGAGAAGACCAUGAGGCUGAGUCUAUGUGACAACAUUGAGCGUUCCCUCAAGGUUUAUCCCGAGGAACCCCGCACUAAGUGGGUGCUAUCGUGGCCGGGGCAGGUGGUCAUCGCUGGAUGUCAGACUUUCUGGACCCUGGAGGUUUCAGAGUCCCUAGAGAAUGGAGACCUCGCCGAUCGCUUGUACCCACAGCUCCAGAAACAACUGGGAGACCUGGUGCAGCUGGUGAGAGGCCGUCUGUCUAGAAUGCAGAGGGCUGUUCUCUCUGCUCUCAUCGUGAUCGAGGUACACGCUAAAGACGUGGCUGCCAAACUGGUGGAUGAAUCUGUGGCCAGCGUUAAUGACUUCGAGUGGAUCAGCCAGCUCAGAUAUUACUGGGACAGAAAUGACCUCUAUAUCAGGGCGGUGAAUGCAGAAUUUCUCUAUGGCUACGAGUAUCUUGGUAACUCUGGGCGACUUGUCAUAACACCCCUGACCGACAGGUGUUACCUGACCCUGACUGGUGCUCUGCACCUAAAGUUCGGAGGCGCUCCAGCGGGUCCAGCUGGUACCGGUAAGACCGAAACCACUAAGGACCUGGGUAAAGCGCUGGCCAUCCAGACCGUCGUCUUCAACUGCUCUGACCAGCUCGAUUUCCUCGCCAUGGGAAAGUUUCUCAAGGGUCUGGCCAGUUCUGGAGCUUGGGCGUGCUUUGAUGAAUUCAACCGUAUUGAUGUGGAGGUGCUGUCCGUGGUGGCUCAACAGAUUACCACCAUCCAAAAGGCGCAGCAGCAGAGAGCGGAGCGGUUUACAUUCGAAGGCUCAGAAAUCCCGCUUGUUCCCUCCUGCGCCGUCUUUAUCACCAUGAACCCAGGCUACGCAGGUCGAACUGAACUACCUGACAACUUAAAGGCUCUGUUUCGUCCGGUUGCCAUGAUGGUCCCAAACUAUGCUAUGAUCGCUGAGAUCUCUCUCUACUCAUUUGGCUUCGGCGAUGCUAAAGUCCUCUCCAAAAAGAUCACCAGCACCUUCAAGUUGUCCUCCGAGCAGCUCAGCUCCCAGGACCACUAUGACUUUGGCAUGAGAGCAGUGAAAACCGUGAUCUCUGCUGCAGGAAACCUGAAGAGAGAGAACCCUGAAAUGGAUGAGGAGCUGAUCUGUUUACGCGCCAUCAGAGACGUCAAUGUGCCCAAGUUCUUGCAGGAUGACCUCAAACUCUUCAACGGCAUCGUGUCUGACCUCUUCCCGAAGAUCCGCAAGGAAGCCAUCGACUACGGCGUGCUGGAUGAGUCCAUCCGUAACGUCUGCAAGAGCAAGGGCCUGAAAGAUGUGGACGGUUAUAUCACAAAAGUUAUUCAGUUGUAUGAGACCACUGUGGUGAGGCACGGCCUGAUGUUGGUUGGACCAGCCGGCUCAGGAAAAACUAAGUGCUACGAGGUGCUGGGGACGGCCAUCACGGCUCUUCAGGGUCAGCCAUCUGUCAGUGGUGGAGUGUACCAGCCUGUUCAGACCUAUGUCCUAAACCCUAAGUCCAUCACCAUGGGGCAGCUGUACGGAGAGUUCGACCUGCUCACACACGAGUGGACGGAUGGCAUCCUGUCAUCCCUGAUCCGCACCGGAGCUUCUGCGAUGGACGAGGAGAAGAAGUGGUACAUGUUUGACGGACCGGUGGACGCGGUUUGGAUCGAGAACAUGAACACCGUGUUAGAUGACAAUAAGAAGCUGUGUUUAAGCUCGGGGGAGAUUAUCAAACUUACAGACGUGAUGACUCUAAUGUUCGAGGUGCAGGAUCUGGCCGUGGCUUCCCCGGCCACAGUGUCGCGCUGUGGUAUGGUGUAUUUGGAACCCAGUAUUUUGGGACUCACUCCAUUCACUGAAUGUUGGUUAAAAACGAUCCCUGCACUUCUGCAGCCACAUACUGAGCAACUUAAUUCUCUGUUCACACGAUUCCUGGAGGAUUCUGUAAUGUUUGUGAGGAAGUCAGUGACUGAAGUGAUCACUUCGAUGGACAGCAACCUGACCUGCUCUUUACUCAAACUGCUGGACUGCUUCUUCCGGCCCUUUGUCGCCCGAGAAGGACAGAAACCUAUUCCUCAGGAGAAGCUUGACCGUGUGAACGAGCUGAUUGAGCCGUGGUUUGUUUUCUCUCUGAUAUGGAGCGUGGGAGCCACCGGAGAUGCUGCUAGUCGCCAACGCUUUAGUGUCUGGCUAAGAGACAAAAUGGCGAAAGAAAAAAUUCAGUUGUGCUUCCCAGAAGAGGGACUGGUGUAUGAUUAUCGCCUGGACGACGCAGGCAUCACUCUACGACAAGAAGAUGAGGAAGAGGUCAAAAAGAAGGUGCAAUGGGUCAACUGGAUGAAUUAUGCCAGCAACAUAGUCAUCACUCCCGAAACCAGCUACGCGGACAUCAUCGUUCCUACCGCUGACACCGUGCGCAUGUCCUUUCUGUUAGACAUGCUUCUGUCCAAUAAGAAGCCAGUGCUGUGUAUCGGCCCCACCGGCACGGGCAAGACCCUGACUGUGUCCGAUAAACUGCUGAAAAACAUGCCGGCCGAGUACAUCACACAUUUCCUCAUGUUCUCCGCCCGCACCUCAGCGAACCAGACACAGGAUUACAUCGACAGUAAACUGGACAAAAGGCGGAAAGGUGUUUUCGGUCCUCCAUUGGGAAAGAACUUUGUCUUUUUUAUCGAUGACCUUAACAUGCCCAUGCUGGAGACAUACGGUGCCCAGCCGCCCAUCGAGCUCCUGCGCCAGUUUAUGGACCACGCAGGCUGGUAUGACCGGAAGCUGAUAGGGACAUUUAAGCAGUUGGUAGACAUCAAUUUCGCAUGCGCCAUGGGUCCUCCUGGUGGAGGCAGGAACCCAAUCACACAACGCUUCACAAGACACUUCAACUACCUCUCCUUCACCGAGAUGGAGGACUCCAGCAAGAGAAAGAUCUUCUCCACCAUCCUAGGCAGCUGGUUGGAAAAAGCUCCAGAGCUGAUUCCCCUGAACACAGCCCUAGUGGAUGCCACCAUUAACGUGUACUGCACAAUCACCUCUGGCCUCCUGCCAACUCCAGCCAAAUCACACUAUACUUUCAACAUGCGUGACCUGUCCAAGGUCUUCCAGGGUGUGCUCAUGGCUGACGCUGGAAAGAUCCAGGACAAGGUUCAGCUCCUGCGCCUGUGGUACCACGAGAGCUGCCGGGUGUUCCAGGACAGACUGGUAAGUCAAGAGGACAGGGACUGGUUCGAUCAGCUGCUGCAGAAACACAUCGAGGAGUUCGACUGCAGCUACGAGGAGGUGGUGCCGUGCCAGCCGGUCCUGUUUGGAGACUUCAUGAUCCCUGGUGCUGAUACCAAAGUGUACCAGCUCAUUGACGAUAAGGAGAAGCUGGCUCGGGUAAUGGAGGAGUACAUGGACGACUACAACCAGAUCAACACGGCUAAGAUGAAGCUAGUUCUCUUCAUGGACGCCAUCCAGCACGUGUGCCGUAUAGCCCGCAUCGUGCGCCAGCCGCUCGGAAACGCACUUCUGCUCGGAUUGGGUGGCAGCGGGCGCCAGUCCCUCACCAAACUCGCCUCACACUUAUGUGAGUACGAGUGCUUCCAGAUCGAGCUGUCGAAGAACUACGGUGUGCCCGAGUGGAAGGAGGAUAUUAAGAACAUUAUGAUAAAGGCCGGUGUCACGAAUGUUCAGAUCACCUUCCUUUUUGUUGACACCCAGAUUAAGAGCGAGUCGUUCCUGGAGGACAUUAAUAAUAUCCUGAACUCGGGCGAUGUGCCCAACCUGUACAGCGGAGACGAGCAGGAAAGGAUCAUGUCUGCCAUGAAGCCUGUGGUGCAGGAUCUCGGCAUGCAGCCCACCAAGACCAACCUCAUGGCCGCCUACGUCAGGAGAGUCCGCAGCAACAUCCACACCGUGCUGUGCAUGAGCCCGAUAGGUGAAGUCUUCCGCGCCAGGCUCAGACAGUUCCCGUCCCUCGUCACAUGCUGUACUAUUGACUGGUUCAGCGCCUGGCCACAGGAGGCCUUGCUUUCUGUCGCCACGUCCUUCCUUAACGAGCUACCAGAGCUGGAUGCUAGUCCUGAAGCCCUGAAAGGCCUGACGGAGAUGUGUAUGGAGAUCCACCAGAUGGUGGCUGUCAAGUGCGUCCAAUACCGCGCUGAACUCUCGCGCUAUAACUACAUCACACCCAAGAGCUACCUGGAGCUGCUCAGUAUUUUCUCAGCCCUGAUUGGACAGAAGAAGCAGGAACUGCAUGGUGCUCGUCAGCGCAUGAAGGCGGGUCUGGACAAGCUCUUGAGCACAUCUGAUGAUGUGGGUAAGAUGCAGGAGGAGUUGGAAACAACGAGGCCUCUGCUGGAAAAGGCAGCUAGAGAGACAGACCUCACCGUAGAGAAAAUUGAGAAAGACACAUUGAUUGCAGAGACGACUCGUGUGGAUGUGCAGGCUAAGGAGGCCAAGGCGUCUGAGAUUAACAGUGUAGCAGCCGCAUUUGCCGCAGAGGCACAACAAAACCUUGAUAUAGCUCUGCCUGCACUGGAUGAUGCUCUAGCCAGCCUCAAGUCUCUCAACAAGAACGACAUCACUGAGGUAAGGGCCAUGCAGAGGCCUCCUCAGGGAGUGAAACUGGUCAUCGAGGCGGUCUGCAUCCUGAAGGGCAUCAAACCCAAAAAGAUACCUGGAGAAAAGCCGGGGACCAAGGUGGAUGAUUACUGGGAGCCUGGAAAAGGACUUCUGCAGGACCCUGGAAAAUUCUUAGAAAGCCUACAAAAGUUUGACAGGAACAAUAUCCCAGAUGCUGUGAUCAAACUGCUUCAGCCUUACAUAGACAACGAGGAGUUCCAGCCGGCCUCCAUCUCUAAAGUGUCCAGGGCCUGCACGUCCAUCUGCCUGUGGGUGCGCGCUAUGCACGGGUACCAUUUUGUGUCCAAAUCUGUGGAGCCCAUCAGGCAAUCUCUUGCUUUGGCUCAGGAGGAACUGGCAGUAAGUAAUAACAAAUUGAAGAAGGCAAAAGAAGAGUUUGAGGCAGUGGAGGCGGGCAUUGCGGCGCUGCAGGCCACGUAUCAGGAGUGUCUGGCCAAACGUGGCGAGCUUGAGAGCAAGUGCAGGCUGUGCGAAUGCAGACUGGUUCGAGCAGGCAAGCUGGUCGGUGGCCUUGCUGAUGAGAAGGUGCGCUGGAGCGAAACAGUGCAACAUCUGGAUUACCUGGUGGAUAACGUAGCCGGCGACGUGCUACUGGCUGCGGGAUACGUAGCCUACCUCGGACCCUUCACUGGCGAGUAUCGGGCAUCAAUGUUUGAGGAGUGGCUGCGCGGCUGUAAGGACUACAAGGUCCCUCACACAUCCGAGCCCAACCUCAUCGGUACACUCGGAGACAAAGUGAAGAUCCGUUCCUGGCAGAUUGCUGGAUUGCCAAAAGACAACCUCUCUGUGGAGAACGGAGUGAUCACUCAGUAUUCUCAACGCUGGUCUCUGUUCAUCGACCCUCAGGGUCAGGCCAACAAGUGGAUCAAAACCAUGGAACGUGACAACGGACUGGAUGUGAUGAAGCUCAGCGACCGGGACUUCCUGCGCAAUUUAGAAAAUGCCAUUCGGUUCGGGAAGCCCUGCCUGCUGGAGAACGUAGGAGAGGAGCUGGACCCAGCGCUCGACCCUGUUCUGAUGCGACAGACGUUUAAGCAGCAGGGCAGUACAGUACUCAAGUUAGGAGACACCGUUAUUCCCUACCACGACGACUUCAAGAUGUACAUCACCACUAAGCUACCCAAUCCACACUAUUCCCCCGAGAUCUCCACUAAAGUAACCCUCAUCAACUUUACUCUUUCUCCAAGCGGCUUGCAGGAUCAGCUGCUGGGUCGGGUGGUGGCUGAGGAAAGGCCUGACCUAGAGGAGGCCAAGAACCAGCUGAUUGUGAGCAACGCACACAUGAAGCAGGAGCUAAAGGAGAUCGAGGACCAGAUCCUGCUCAGACUCAGCUCGUCAGAGGGGAACCCUGUCGAUGAUGAGGAGCUCAUACGCGUGCUCGGAGCCUCCAAGAUCAAAGCUGAAGAGAUACAGGCCAAAGUGGUGGUGGCGGAGGAGACAGAGCGAGACAUCGACACCACUCGUCUGGAGUACGUCCCGGUAGCCGUGCGCACCCAGAUCCUCUUCUUCUGCGUGUCUGACCUGUCGAACGUAGACCCCAUGUAUCAGUACUCACUGGAGUGGUUCCUGGGCAUCUUCAUGGCAGGCAUUGCUCACUCAGAGCGUGCAGACUCACUGGAGCAGCGCAUCAACAACAUCAAUGAGUAUUUCACCUUCAGCCUCUACAGCAACGUGUGCCGCAGUCUGUUCGAGAAGCACAAGCUUAUGUUCGCCUUCCUGCUGUGCGCUCGCAUCAUGAUGAACAGAAAUGAGAUCGAUAUGAUGGAGUGGCAGUACAUGUUGUCAGGAGGCACAAGCCAGCAGCAGCUGCCAAACCCGGCGCCCACCUGGUUAUCGGAGCGGGCGUGGCAGGAUAUCAUGGCCCUCAAUGCUCUGCCCACCUUCGAAGGCCUGGCACAAACCUUCUCCAGACACGAGCCUGAUUACAGGAGGAUCUUCGACAGCAGCCAGCCUCAUCGGGAGCCUCUUCCGGCCGAGUGGAUGAAGAAGCUUGACAGUUUUCAGCGGAUGUUAGUGCUGCGGUGUCUGCGUGUAGAUUGUCUCACACAGGCCCUGCAGGACUUUGUGUCAGCAAAGCUGGGCCAGCGUUUCAUCGAGCCUCAGACUUCCGACCUGUCUGCGGUCUUUAAGGAAUCAUCUCCCUCCACUCCGCUUAUCUUUGUGCUGUCCCCCGGUACCGACCCUGCAGCUGACCUGUACAAGUUUGCCGAAGUCAUGAAGUUCUCCAAGAAAAUGAGCGCCAUCUCUCUAGGCCAGGGCCAGGGCCCCUGGGCUGAAAAGAUGAUGCACAAUGCGAUGGACAAGGGGCAGUGGGUAUUCUUCCAGAAUUGCCACCUGGCACCCAGCUGGAUGCCCAGUCUGGAGCGACUCAUUGAGAACAUCAACCCCGACAAGGUCCACCGGGACUUCCGCCUGUGGCUCACUAGUUUGCCCAGCAACAAAUUCCCGGUCUCCAUUCUCCAGAACGGUUCUAAGAUGACCAUCGAGCCUCCGCGAGGCAUCAAGGCCAACCUACAGAGGACCUACCUGAGUCUGAAUGAUGACUUCCUUAAAUCCUGCAAUAAGAUGGCUACGUUCAAGUGCCUGCUGCUGUCUCUCUGUCUGUUCCACGGAAACGUCAUCGAGCGGAGGAAAUUCGGUCCACUGGGUUUCAACAUUCCGUACGAGUUCACAGACGGAGACCUGCGCAUCUGCAUCAGCCAGCUCAAAAUGUUCCUUGAUGAAUACCAGGACAUUCCUUACAAGGUUCUGAAGUACACGGCAGGUGAGAUAAACUACGGCGGCCGUGUGACAGACGACUGGGAUCGCCGCUGCAUCAUGAACGUGUUGGAGGACUUCUACUGUCCCGUCGUGCUGACCCCUGAGUACUCCUACUCGCCCUCAGGAGAGUACCGCCAGAUCAACACAGAGCUGGACAUCAAGGGCUACCUAUCGUACAUCCGCGGCCUGCCGAUCAACGACACGCCAGAGAUCUUCGGCCUGCAUGACAACGCCAACAUCAGCUUUGCUCAGAAUGAGACUUUCGCCCUUCUGGGUGCUGUACUCCAGCUGCAGCCCAGAGCCACCUCCAGCGGGGGCAAAGCCAGAGAGGAGAUCGUCGAGGAGAUUGUGACAGGGAUUUUGCAGAAGAUUCCCAACCCCAUCGACAUACAGGAAGUUGUUAUCAAGUACCCGGUGAUGUAUGAGGAGUCUAUGAACACUGUACUGAUACAGGAGGUUAUAAGAUAUAACAAGUUGUUAGCAGUGAUCUCAUGGAGUCUGAAUGAUUUGGUGAAGGCGCUGAAAGGUUUAGUGGUGAUGUCAUCCGAGCUCGAGCUCAUGGCCAACAGUCUGUUCAUCAACACCGUUCCAGAAAUGUGGCAGGCCAAGGCGUACCCGUCUCUAAAGCCGAUGGGCUCCUGGGUAGCCGACCUGCUCCAGCGCAUCACUUUCUUGAAUCGCUGGAUCUCCAUCGGGAUCCCGCCCGUCUUCUGGAUCAGCGGCUUCUUCUUCCCACAAGCCUUCCUGACGGGGACGCUGCAGAACUACGCCCGCCGCUCUGGCCUCUCCAUCGACAGCAUCAGCUUCAGCUUCAAGGUGAUGAAACAGUCAGUGGCAGAGUUGGCCGAAAGGCCCGAGUCGGGGUGUUUUAUUCACGGCUUGUUCCUGGAGGGGGCGCGCUGGGACGCACGCAAAGGCUUGCUGACCGAGUCUCGGCCCAAAGAGCUCUACACUGAGAUGGCCGUCAUCUGGUUGGUGCCUACGCCCAACCGCAAAGCGCCUCAGUCCGGCAUCUACAUCUGCCCCAUAUACAAAACACUCACACGUGCUGGAACUCUGUCCACAACCGGUCACUCCACUAACUAUGUAAUCGCAGUCGAGCUUCCCACAGACCGUCUCCAGAGUCACUGGAUAAAGCAGGGGGUGGCACUGAUAUGUGCACUGGAUUACUGAAAACACACACACUGCUCUUUCCUACAUUCUGCCUUUCUUGUUUAUCUUACAAAGACACGCUGUUUGAAGAAGUGAAGAAAGACUCUUUCAUCAGGAAGUGAACUCAAAACUGUGUUUCCUGUUUAAUCUCCUGGAUGAUUCCUGGAAUGACGAAUGAUGCUUGUGGAAAAAGCCGAAAACGGCCUAGCACCCACUUACCUUAAAGCACAAAUCACACCCCGCACUCCAUCUCUCAGGGAUCGAGGACGACAUGCAGCAAGACUGUGUUCUGUACCGGCGCACAGGUGGUGGAUUUCUAAAGACCUUAAAGAAAUAUCCUUCCCAACAGAUGGUACUUCCAGUCGGUACCCUAGUGAACCAAUGUAAGGAUAUAUUUAUCGAUGGAAUCUUCAAAAGCACUUAUAUAAUUCAUUUGUGGCAGCUCAUUUUGUCCAGAUCCAUUCGAAAUUCUCUCUCAGUGAACUUAAAAACCAUGUUGUUAAAUAUACUUCAUUCCCAUUCAUAAAUGAUUUAAAUAUAAAUAUAUAUGUAUUUUGUUGCGUCCAUGGUAACAACUGCAUUAUAACAAUAGAUUCUGUCACUUUCACAUCCACAAUUAUUUAUCACACAUUUAUUUCUCUGAUAUUUUUAAAUGUCAUACCAGAUACUGGUUUACUAGCUCAUUACAUUUUUCAAAUAACAUUUUUCCUUCAUUUCUUUUAAAGGGGAAUGUACGUUUGUCAAUGCAACAAUAAUUAUGUAUUUUUAUGAAUCACAAAAAUAUAUAAGAUUUUUAUGCAGAAACCCAUAUUAGCAUUUAUUUUCCACAAACACAGUUGGAUGUUUGCACACUAUGUACUUUAAUAUUAGUACAUCUGAAUAUUCAGUAUGCACACAAACCUCUCUCUCUCUCUCUUUCUCUCUCUCUCUCUCUCUCUCUUUCUCUCUGUCUCUAAAUUGUUUUAAAAACUGGUUGAGGAAUUGCUCAAACCGGAGGCAGAGCAUAUGAUU